AUGCGAUACUUCAAAUGGGGCGUAUCGCGCUUGAUAUUAGAGCCUGCAUCGUGUCCCGAUAUCGUCCCUAUGUGGAUUGAAGGUACGGACGGCGUCAUGCACGAGGAUCGCUUAUUCCCACGUUUCCUGCCACGCAUAAAUCAGAGAAUCAACGUUACUUUUGGUGAAAAGGUGGAUACUGAGGCUAUAUUCGGGGAGCUGAGGAGCAAGUGGCAGAAGCUCAAGCAAGAAUCAGAGCGAGAAGCCACCAAGCCUCUAGCAGUCGGGAUCUUGAACGACAAACUCAUGUACGGAGAAGAAGCUACGGAGCUACGUUUGGAAUGUACGAGGAAAGUUCGCGACCUGGUCCUUGAAGUCCGGCGUUCAAGGGGCUUGCCGGACGAAGACCCGAAGGCCAGCAUGGCAGACACAUGGCUGAGAGAAGGCCCGAAGAGAGAAGGGAAGAUGGACGACGGCUCCUUGGUCAAAGACAUUUAA